UAAAAAUUUAUGUCGUAAAUUGAUCGUUCUUAAUUUGAUAAGGAUCGAUCCAAUAAUUACUUAUUUUAUAACUUAAUGUUUAAAUAACACUACAUAGUAUACCCUGUAGUUAGGCCUACAUUACCUCCGCAGCAUUAAGGUAGUAAACAGGUGUUCACAUAGUUACGAACAAGAUGGCCGCUUACGCUGUAAAUAUUUUGGUAGAGCGAGAGUACGAUAAACAGUAAACCAAACUGUGUUAUUUCACAAGUUCAACAUGGCUGUGGCAAGGCCAUUAUCUCAGGUGGAUCUGUUGACCAGUUCCCAGAAUGCAUUGCAUUCUACAGACUACACAAUACCAGACACAUUGGUGGUGCCAUACAAAUCCAAGCCAGUUCCUAAUCACUUAUUGGACACAAAAAUAUUUCAUAAUGUAGCUCAAAACGAGGUGAUCCAAGCUCGUCCAGCAUCCAUUCAUUAUGCUGGGUUUGAACCAGGAAAACUUCACAAAAUGAAAUUGACUAUUGCGAAUGUAUCAACAGAAGUUGUCAAGAUGCACAUCAUUCCACCAACCACACAAUACUUCAAAGUUUGGUACACGAAAGGCGACCGACUUGUCCCGGGGCUUACAAUGGAUUGUACGGUGGAGUUCAGACCAGAUGAGUGGCGUUACUUCUAUGACUGCAUCAGGAUCCAUUGUAAAGGGGACAACAACCUAUUGGUACCUAUACAUGCUUAUCCUGUUAUGAAUAUUUCAGACUUUCCACAGAUUGUAAGGUUUCCGCCAACUCCAAUAUCUCAGAGUAAAACGCAGGUGUUUCCUCUACGAUGCAAUGCACCAAUUGACUUUGAGUUUUUAAUCACCUAUUUACAACCACAUCCAUCAUUCCAAGUGGAACCACUAAAAGGCAUCGUUCCUGCUAAAGGAGAGACCAGGAUAUCUGUAACUUUCACCCCAACAGAUUUUAGCACGGCACAUUUGAAAUUCCAGGUUAUGAUCUCCCAGUUCAACUCUAAGCCGUUAGUUUGUGCAGUCUCUGGUAAUUCUACUCCUGGAUUAGCCCAGGCUGAAUUGAAUCUUAAAACCAGUGAGCCAUUUGAUGCAACAUCUCAACUUGACCCUCACUCAAUUUCUCCCAUCGGAUUGGUGAGGAAAAAGAAGCUGGCAAAAAUAAAAAAGUCCUCCAAUUCCCAGCCUACAACAACCAAAACCAAAGCACCUAAGGAGAUUGAGAAAAACGGAAUUCGGUUCCCAACGAAGAUAGACUCACAGCAUGCAGUCAAUAGUGUUCUGCUGCAAGAAGCUGGAAAACUACGAGUUAAAGAUCUUAGAGAAGUAUUUCCACGAUUUGAUACCUACACAAAUGACUUAUGGACACUGCGCUAUCAAGCAAUUGUCAGGUUCCAACAAGCAGCUAGAAAAUAUAUUAUAAGAAGUCGAGUGGAUAAGAAGCUACCUGUGAUUAGGCAGCUGAUAGCAGACUUCAAGGCUGGCAGGGCAGGCAAACCACCAUCAGUAACAUUCGGAGAAGAAAUGGAUGAAGAAAUCUUGGAACAUGUUCCUUUAGACAUCAAUACAGAGAAUGUUAAAUCAUGGGCAUUCCCCACCUACACAGCCCCAGAUUAUAAAGAUGAUAUGGCACCAGAUGCAUUGGGCAUUGUGCCCAUUAGGAGAACUGAUGUUGUGGUGAAGAAAAAUGUAUCCUUCUCAGACCUCACUGUACCAAAGCAUUAUAAACUGAUGGGCUAUAAAAAGCAUAGUGUUCACCAAGCAUCUUAUGGCUAUGUUCCACCAAAGCUAGCGAGACCACUGAGAACAGGUGCUGAGGAUGAGGUUAUCAAUAUGCCGAUACCCCAGGCGGCAUGGACCCAGGAACGAACUGACAAGGGGCAAGAUGAAAGGCUAGUUACUUCACCAGAGCCUGAAAGGCAAAGCAAGAAAUUGAAAUUAGCUCCACCGAGUGCUCUCUUCCAGCCCACUGAAUACCCACCAUUGCAUAUAUUUAAUCCAUGUCCAGGACUACAGACAUUCCUUUCACCUUUACCUUAUUCUGAAGUUGACCCAGACUUCCACCUGUGUCCUCUACCACGUUACACACACGGCGACAAGAGCAAUAAGCAUGGAACCAUGUUAAAGACUUUUCUGGACAGAGAGGAUGUCAUUAGGCAUGUCAUGCAGUGGAAGAAGUUCCCAUCGCAAGGGCUUGUGUCACUGGCUAACACACCAACUCUAACCAAUGUUUGGGUACCUAGGUGGACGGAUCCAUUUAGUACUGAGUUGCUUCCAUUAUCUGUUCCUCCAUUACUUGAUGGUUUACCAGAAGAUGAUCAAGAAAAUAUCCUCACAGAAAAAAUUGAUGAAGAUGACGAUGAAAUUGAAGUAGAAAAUACAAUAAUGCUCACGCCUGACAUGGUGAGUGCGGAAUUUUCACUUAUAGACCGCCCUUUGACGCCAGAUGAUAAGGAAUCUGAUGAGUUUCCAUAUGGUACUAAGCUACCAACUCACAAUAAUCCAGUCUCAAGCACAGGACCAGUUCCUAGGGAGAGACGAGAACAAGAACUGGAAGGAUUUCUACAGAAGCGGUACAACCAAUUGGGGCAGAAGAUAGAGUCUAGAAUAGGUCACAUGAAUGGGUUACUAACUGACCCUAAACUUGCCCUCAAGUAAUGUGUAGUUGGGAAUUGUCUUAUCAUGUUAUAUCAAAUAAAUUGCAUUAUGUAAAUCUACUUUGUGAGAACAAGUUUUUUGGAACUGCCACAAAAUCUGGUACAGCCUGGGCCUUGGGCAUCAUUAGUUUACACUUUUAUAUUACAAAAACACAGACAUGGAUGUCUUCCUUGUUAUUUCCAUCCCUUAUUUUACUUCGUAUAUUUUAUUUAAUUUAAAUACAAAAAAAAACUAUUAUUUUACCUUGAAAAGUAUAAAAAGGAAUGAAGAUCAUAAGCUCAAAAUGAUUUAUUCUCACUGAAUUUAUAAAUCAACUAAAUGUACUCUAUGAUAAUAAUAAUAUUUAUUUGGAAAUGGAUGUGGAAUAGGCGAGAAGGCCAGUGGCUGAUCUAGGAAUUCAAAUAAAGGGGGCCAGGGAAGGAAACAACACAGUUAUAUACAGUAGAACCCUUUCUUUGGCACAUCCCUAUUAAGGGGGACACUUACUUCACCACAAAAGAAAGAAAUUAUAUCUUUUAACACAACAGCCAACCACUAUUCAUGGGACACCCUAUUAAGGAUACACUUUUUUGGUCCUGAAGGUGUCCCUAAUAGGGUUCUAUUGUAUUCUAUGCUGACAAUUCUUGGUCCAUCUUCUCAACAUAUGUAUCAAAUCAAAUUGUUACUAUUCACUAAUUCUUUGCAGUUUUCACUCGCAACAAACCAGAUGAAAGUACUGUAUUUGAAUACAGCACUGUAUUUUUUUCUCUUAUAUUACUGUAUUAUAAAAUCUUUGUGAAUACAGAGUAUAUUUAAUUGUAAGAUAGCACAUGUAGUGUCAUUGUACAAAAGGUUUGUAAAUACUAGUUGCCCUGGAAGGAUUUUUGAGAAUUUGAUGGUCAGUUAUAAGUUGUGAUUUAGGAAUCAUAAUAAAAAUUGAAACACAGUGUAA